AUGGCGUUGUUCGACUUCGAGAUCGACCGUAGGCCGGGGAAGGACAACGAGGCCGACGGGCUGUCCAGGCGGCCGGACCACCGACCCUCACCACCGGAGGAGAAGGAGGCCAAGAACGCGUUCCUGGACGACUAUUCAGGACGAUUCAAGGGGAGGAGAGCGGCGCCAAUCCGCCGUUUAACAACCCCAGAGGGAGUGGUAGAGGGACUCACCUGGGACGGAGAGGUGAAGGCGGCCCAGAAGGAAGACGCCACGAUAAAUGGGGAUCGGUGGAAGAAGAAUACUAUCGGCCUUCCACGAGGAGCCAACCGCGGGCCACCUGGGGAUGACCAGGACCCUCAAACGCAUGGGAACCUCGUGAUUUUGGACGUCGAUGAGAAAGGACAUACAGGAGUAUGUAAAGACCUGCGCUACGUGCCAACGGACGAAACCAAGGCACCACCUCCCCUGCGGCAAACUCGCGUCACUACCGCCGCCCCUGGGAGCAUAUCACCCUAG